CUGGUUUCCAUCUUUACUGGAACAGCGCAUCUACCUUGUCGCACUCGCAAUAUAUGGAUAACAGCCGGUGGCUCAUAGUAAAAAACAUGAGCGAAGUUUGGAGUAGUAGGAAUGCAUGGGGGAAUUGGUAGCACAAAACCGUUCCAUCACGUGACGGCUCGGUUUCGUUGACGGGCAUUCUGUUUCUCCGUCUCACCGUGAAACGAUCACGACGCAGCUCGAGAACGUGGAUCAGUCCCGCAAUGUCGCGUGGUGCAGAUCAAAAUGAUAUGCUUCCACGGACGCAGCAUGCCUUGAAAUUCGAUCUGGUUGCGAAAUGCGCAACGACCAAAGCCCGCGCAGCUACGCUGCAUCUACCUCAUGGCCCAGUUCAGCUACCAAUGUUUAUGCCCGUGGCGACCCAGGCUUCCUUGAAAGGCUUGACGCCGAAGCAGCUGGAAGAGACAAGCUGCCGACUAUGCCUGAACAACACGUAUCAUCUAGGCCUAAAGCCUGGUCAGGCAACACUUGACACAAUCGGUGGCGCUCACAAGUUGCAGUCAUGGCCGCAUAACAUAUUGACAGACAGCGGAGGCUUCCAAAUGGUGUCGCUGCUGAAGCUUGCACAAGUCACCGAAGAGGGCGUACGCUUUCUAAGCCCUCAUGAUGGCACCCCGAUGCUGCUGACACCCGAACACUCCAUCUCGCUACAGAACUCGAUAGGCUCUGACAUUAUCAUGCAAUUGGACGACGUUAUUGCAACAACCUCUCCGGACCACGCUCGGAUCCUGGAGGCCAUGCAUCGAUCUGUUCGGUGGCUUGACCGCUGCAUUGCCGCUCACAAGAAACCAGAGUCACAGAACUUGUUCUGCAUCAUCCAAGGCGGCCUCGACCUGGAGCUACGUCGCGAAUGCACUCGGCAGAUGGUGGCUCGCGACACGCCCGGUAUCGCAAUCGGCGGCCUCAGCGGGGGUGAAGCCAAAGUGGAGUACUGCAAAGUUGUCAAGACAUGCACCGAUCUUCUUCCCGAUGGCAAGCCGCGGUAUGUCAUGGGCGUUGGCUACCCUGAAGACAUACUCGUAUCGGUCGCACUCGGAGCCGACAUGUUCGACUGCGUCUGGCCCACGCGAACUGCUCGUUUCGGAAACGCCAUUACCAAUGUAGGCGUCCUCAACCUGAAGAACGCAUCCUAUGCUUGCGACUUUCGUCCCGUGGACGAAGGCUGCAAAUGCAUGUGCUGUAGACCGACGUCUGAAGGUGGGCUCGGCAUCACUCGAGCCUACAUCCAUCAUACUGCGGCGAAGGAGACUGCAGGUGCGCAUCUGCUGAGCAUACACAAUGUUCACUACCUGCUCAUCCUCAUGCGACAAGUCAGAGACGCCAUCACUGAGCAGCGGUAUCCUGCAUUCCUGCGAGCUUACUUCUACAAGCUGUAUGCUGGCGAGAAGCACAAGUACCCGCAGUGGGCCGUUGACGCCUUAGCCGGGGUGAAUGUUGAUUUACUGGCGGAAAGCUGACAUGCAUAUUGCGUUCGAGCAAGAGACGAUUCACCAUUCACAACAGCUAUGCACCCGCUCUCCGACUGAAUGCAGCCUUGAACAGGUCUAGCGCGAACUCCUCGCACUCAUUACUGUCUCCAUCACCUCACACAGCGUAGACUAUCGUCACCUGUAUCGCACACUUUCUCAACAUUCGGAUCGCACUGGCCACUACCAGCUACCAUGCAUUGCAGGCCCCACGCCCAUUAACCCACCUCAACGCCCAGGCGCAAUUCCGGCUAUGAAGAGGCGAAUGGCUCUAUUGGCACCUG